UUCGAAACGUCAUCUACGUCACGUCAACACAAGUGGCGUUUUCAGUUAAAUUAUUCGUCUAUAGCCUAAAUUGAUUGCUGGUCUAAAUAAUAAAAUGGAAUCAUUAUUUGCGUUACCGUUUACAGUACUUGAAAUACCUAAUAUAAAGAUAAAGAAGCCGAUAUGGCUGCAACCGCCAUCUGCCAUGACAACCUUUUCGUUGGUGCUUUUAUCGUACUUUUUGGUGACAGGAGGUAUAAUAUAUGAUGUGAUAGUGGAACCGCCAAGCGUAGGAUCCACGACAGAUGAACAUGGUCAUAGCCGGCCGGUAGCCUUUAUGCCUAACAGAGUCAACGGCCAGUAUAUAAUGGAAGGUUUAGCAUCCAGCUUUCUGUUUUCUCUAGGCGGUAUUGGCUUUAUAAUAUUAGAUAGAACACAUAAUCCAUCUACACCAAAAUUGAACAGAAUCCUGCUCAUCUCAGUUGCCUUUCUAUGUAUUUUGGUUUCAUUUUGUACAACUUGGAUAUUCAUGAGAAUGAAGCUACCUGGUUAUUUGCAAAACUAAGCAAUUAUUUCUAAGUAUAAUCAAGAUGCAUGUCAGGAUGUCACAUUUUAUUAAGUUGAAUAAAUAUUUUUAUACUAAUUAA